AUGAGCGUCAAGGACGUCCAAACGAAGCCAUACGGCGACCAGAAGCCUGGAACUUCUGGCCUUCGCAAGAAGGUCAAGGUCUUCCAGCAAGAGAACUACUCCGAGAACUUUGUUGCCUCCAUCAUCCAGUCCAUCCCAGAAGGUGCACAAGAUGCCUUCCUCGUCAUUGGCGGUGACGGCCGAUACUGGAACCCAGAAGUCACUCAGCUCAUUGCAAAGAUUGGUGCUGCAUACGGCGUCAAGAAGCUGCUGAUCGGCCAGAACGGCAUCCUCUCGACACCCGCUGCAUCACAUCUCAUCCGCAUCAAGAAGGCCACUGGUGGUAUUCUGCUCACAGCCUCCCACAACCCAGGUGGUCCCGAUGAGGACUUUGGCAUCAAGUACAACCUGGCCAACGGCGCCCCAGCACCAGAGGGCGUCACCAACAAGAUCUACGACUUCUCAAAGAGCAUCACAUCCUACAAGAUCGCCGACAUCCCAGACAUUGACCUGAAGACCAUUGGCACCAAGACAUACGGCCCGAUCGAGGUUGAGAUCGUUCACAGCACAACCGACUACGUGCAGAUGCUCAAGGACAUCUUCGAUUUCGACCUUAUCAAGUCUUUUCUCAAGCAGCACCCAGACUUCAAGAUCCUCUUCGACGGCCUCAGCGGUGUCACUGGCAACUAUGGUAUCGACAUCUUCGAGAAAGAGCUAGGACAGAAGGGUAGCACACAGAACUGCGAGCCAAAGCCAGACUUUGGCGGACACCACCCAGACCCCAACCUCGUAUACGCCAAGUCGCUGGUCGACCGCGUUGACAAGGAAGGCAUCCACUUCGGUGCUGCCUCUGACGGAGAUGGCGACCGUAACAUGAUCUACGGCGCCAACGCUUUCGUCUCGCCAGGUGACUCGCUCGCCAUCAUCGCACACUACGCCGACCUGAUCCCAUACUUCAAGAAGCAGGGCAUCUACGGUCUUGCCCGCUCGAUGCCUACCUCCGCCGCUGUCGAUCUCGUAGCAAAGAAGAAGGGCGUCAAGUCUUACGAGGUCCCAACCGGCUGGAAGUUCUUCUGCGGUCUCUUUGACUCUGACAAGAUGAACAUCUGCGGCGAGGAGUCGUUCGGUACCGGCAGCAACCACAUUCGUGAGAAGGACGGUCUCUGGGCGAUCGUUGCAUGGCUCAACAUCAUCGCCGGUGUCGGCCAGCAGAAGAACGAGACACCAUCAAUCAAGAGCAUCCAGCACGACUUCUGGAACGAGUACGGCCGCACCUUCUUCACACGAUACGACUACGAGGGCUGCGAGAGCGAGGGCGCCAACAAGGUCGUUGCACACAUGACCGAUCUCAUCACCACCAAGAAGGGUGAAUUCGUCGGCAGCAGCGUGGCCGGCCGCAAGGUCGUCGAGGCCGAUGACUUCAGCUACACCGACCUUGACGGAAGCGUGAGCAAGAAGCAGGGUAUCUACGUCCAGUUUGACGACGGCAGCCGCAUUGUGGUGCGUUUGUCGGGUACCGGCUCAUCUGGCGCUACCAUCCGUCUGUACAUUGAGAAGCACGAGAACGACAAGAGCACAUACGGCCUGGACGCGCAGGACUAUCUGAAGGACAACGUCAAGCUCGCGACGGAUUUGUUGAAGCUGCAGGAGUUUGUUGGCCGUACUGAGCCAGAUGUCAAGACUUAG